UGUUUACAAGUUGCGGCCCGACCUCCACGUCUGUUGUGAGCGAGAGAUGGAUGUUGAAUUUCAGUGAAAAAGCGAAGUUACGUCCCACUGUUCACCUACAUGAUCCACUCAUUCAAAGACAAGUUGAUGGCAGUAUGCGGAAGUACCAGCAGCUUGCGCUUACCAUUGUUUCAGUGGUGUGUCUUGUUGCCUUCUUGUUUUAUAAACAUGAAUACGAAAGGCUGAGAUACACCCUUGAAUACCUUGACACCUUUGGUGAACCUCCUUCCAAAUUAGAAGCAGCAAGACCUCAGUGUGGCUACAACACUCACCACAAGAUUGCAACGCCUCCUGCUGACUGGGUUCAAGUCACCUUUGACCUUGAGGUUUAUUCAUCUUACUGGGAUGACUCAAAUGGUUUGGGUGAACCACAGAUCCGAACAGUUGGAGCUGUACGCAAGACCUCAGCUACUCCUUCAGACCUUGGGUGUUUGGUCUGGUUUGAGUCUGAGAGCGAGCCAGUGCCAGGAUCUUGUAGCGUAGAACCAGUGUCAGAGAGGGAGCAUGGCCACAGCACACAUAAGGAAGAUAUAGAAGUCUUGUAUUUGCUGUGCACAGCUCACAACAAAAAGCUUAUGCUAAGCAAAACUCCAUACAUGAUUCAGUUUACAGUAGGUAAUACUGAAGUAUCAAAGCCAGUCUUCAUACAUGAGAGUGAGAGUUCAAAGAUUGUUAUCAAUAAAUCUGCAGUCUGCAUUCUUCCAGUAGAGGGUCCAGUAUCUACUUUGAAGAUCAUUGAGUUUAUAGCCUUUUAUAACAUUAUUGGCAUUGAUAGGUUUUCAAUUUAUGGUCCAGUUCUCACACCUCUUGCUAGAAAACUCUUAGACAAAUACAGUGAUGAGAUUGGUAUUGAAUUUGAAGAAAAACUUUUUAGCUCUUCCCAUAGUUUCAAACUUGAAAAGGCAGUUGUCAAAAAGAUAGUUGAAAUAGACUGUCUCUACCGUCAUCGUGACACACAUGAGAAUGUCUUGAUUCUAGACUUGGAUCAGUAUCUUAUACUGAAGCACAAACCUACACUGCAAGAAACUUUAACUGUACUGGUGGGCAACAAUCGACGCUCAAGAGAAGUAGCUGAGUUCCAUUUUUCUAGCCAAGCAGUCUGCCUUGAUCUAGAUCAUCUAAAAAGGGGCACUUUAUUAUUGUCGCAGCAGAUCCACAAGGUAGGCUCUGCCAAGGAAAUGGGUGUAGCAGUUCUUCGUCCACACCUGGUGACAGCUUCCCUGCUGGGUAGAUUAGGAGAGGCACCAAAGAGUCAGCAUGUCUCUUUAGCAACUGCGUUUGUACAUCAGUACUCUGUUUGCUCUUCUACAGACAAUCAUGAUGACCAGCAGCAUCUUCCUACUACAAAAUGGAUUUUAGAUAAAUUAGAGAAGUCCCUCUUGUACAGAAAGUGGGGGAUAAACCGCUGAGCAUUUAACAGCUAGAUUCCAUAUAUGUGUGAUAAACUAUAUGUUUGUAUAGGACUAACCGUAUUUCUGGAUCAAGUCUGCCAAAAUUAUGCUGAAGGAUAUGGAAUUGUAUAGAUUCACUGUUAUUAGUAAAACUAAAUAAAUCAAAAGAUUUUCCCUCUAUGAAUUAAACACUACUAGCAACAUUCCACUUGUGAAGGGACUAGAAUUUGUAAAGCUGGGAUACUUCUUGGAUGGUUGAGUUACAGGAUGCCAUCACUUUAAAUAAUACUACUUUGAUAACUGUCAAGUUCAGUAAUCUUUUCCAAUACAUCUUUUUAUUAGGUAAUGUUAUUAGAAAAAGUAAUCUCUAUUGUAAUAUGAAAAGAUUGAAAGUUGUAGCAACUGAAAAUACAUCAGGCUCAAAUGGUUGUAGUAAGUUGACUAGCCAAAUGUUUAUUGAUCUUUUUUUAAUGAUAUGGAUCUCAAAUAUGUGUAUAUUGGUGAGUAUGUCUACAAUUUUGACGAGGCUUUGUACAUGACAUAAGGGUAAUUAAAACAGCAAACUAAUGCAUUUAUAAAUUUUAAGAGUGCAAUGUCGAAUGGGGCUAUUUUGUAAGUAGACAUUUUGAUUGUCGCCAAAUGGGAGCAUUAGCAUGCUAUAUGUACUCCUUAGGUUUAGUUUACAUACUUAGAACAUUUAUUUUUAGCAUGUUCAGAUGACGCAUUGUUAGGAGGGUUACAUUUUAGGUCCAAUGUGUUCUUGAAUCAUUUACACAAGAAUAUUGUGUUAUCGAUAUUCAUUUGCAGAUUACGAGUUCCUAUACUGACUGAUUGCGUUAUCAACUAAAUAAUUCAAACUGACUUUCUGAUCUGAUUUAUUUUCCAUUAGUAAUUACUUAUAUAGUUCUUGUUAAUAUUUCUCUGACUGAUUUAUAAUGAAUGAAAGUUGCAUGUAAAUGUAUUUUGUGAUAAGUGCCCAUCCCUGUGAUUCAACACUUAAAUUUUUAUGUAAUGUUACUAGAAAUCUCUUUUGUUGCUGUUGAGUAAAAUACUUGAGUAAUGUUUAUAUAGAGCAGGCACCAUGUCAGUUUCGAUUGCCUGGGAAAUAGGAUAUGAUAUUUAAAUGUACUACAAGGUUUUUGUAGGAAAGGAUAAUAAUAAUGAUAUUUAAAUAAAAAAUUAUUAGUUA